AUGUCCUUUGAUGAGGACAACAGCCCCUUCGGGGCGGGAGUCCCUAGCGAUGUGUACCAGACAAGCAUUCGUGAACCAGUCAGCCUAGAAGUGCCAGAGGAUGUAAAUCCAGAGGCUGUCCAACCAAAUACAAGCAUAGAGAACGAAUCCCCAGUCAAUACGCCGCCGAAUGGACCCCCACUUGCUGAUUGGAGCUCGGGAAUAUCCAUCAUCGAGGCGGGUAAGUCGACCGAGGGUGCAAGCCGCGGAUACAUCGCAUACACGAUUAAGCUCGGUGAAAACACCGUAAGACGGCGGUACAGUGAGUUUGAAUCCUUGCGGAGCAUUCUAUCCCAAAUCUUCCCGCUUCUUCUCAUUCCGCCGAUUCCGGGCAAGAGCUUCAACCUCAAACUUCUCGCAACGCCGCCGCCCAACGGGGUCGAUACAGAGACGAAAUUGGUGGAACAACGCAAGAAGAUGUUACAGCUCUUCUUGAAGGAAUGCCUCAAGAUGGAGCAGGUCAGAGAUACACAAGUGUUCCACCGCUUUCUUGACCCCAACUCCAACUUUAACGAAGACCUCCGCACGGGCGAAAUCACGGAUUUACCCCUCAAUCCGCUCUGCUCCAACCCCUUCAACGGACUUGAUACUUACAAGAAUAUUCUCUAUUCAUACCUACCGCCUGAGGUGCACACCACAUCUAUGGACUUGGAAUCGCUCCAUCUCCAGCAGGAGGACAACACAAAGCAAACGUCACUGUACGAAUACAUCAGUCUCUACACACACAUCAUCAGCAGUGCUGAUUUGUCGUUUUCGCAUGACUUUGACAAGGCAAACAAAAAGGUAAGCACGACUGCCCGGAAGCUAACGGAUUACUACACUCAGUGCGGUAACAGUUUCAAUUCCUUCAGUCUCAGUGAGCCCGGAACAGAACUUUCCUUGCUCUUGGAGCGCAUAGGCACGAGCUACGACCAGGUAUAUCUCAUAGAGGAGGGAUUUAUCGAAUUUAUUGAGAAGCGCUUCAACGACUACUGGAAGUUCUAUCUCCAGUGCUUCGGUACCAUCCGCGACGUGUUGGCGUUCCGCGAGCUGAAAGGCAGGCAGUGCGAAUACAUCCGAAGCUCAUUAGCUUCCAAGGAAACUGCUUGGCAGGCCUUCCAAAAGUCAGAUGACGAAUCGCAGCGCUUGACCCAGGCUAUACGGAAGUCUGAAGGAGUAGCUUCCAAACACCGAUUGCUUCUCGAGCCGUCUCUGGACGUUCGAUUUGUGCCGAUCACGGUUCCCAAUCCGCCGUCGAAGAAGAAAGGUGCGUUCAGCUAUUCCCUCUCUGCCUUUUCCAAGUUGAAGUCCACCAUUGCGGAUGUCAUCACGCUGCAGCCUGAGCUCUCGCGGGAGGAGCAGACAGCGCAACUCCAGACACAGAUCAACGUGUUGCGCCAGUGUCUUAUACUCGCGGAAAGUGAUAUCUCGAAAAUGGACGAGUUCAUUAACGAGCAGUUCCACCUGUACCACGAUGAGAAACUCGUGUUCAUGCGUGGGUUGCUCCGGGAGUACUGCCGGCAUUUGGUGGAAGUGAAUGAAAAGUGUGCCGAGGUGUGGCUGGAAACGAAAGCGGAGAUCGAAGGGUUGGGACUAUAA